CAUCCACAGCGAGAAGUGAUGCAGCGCGACUGAGACGCGCAGUUGAGGUGGAACAACGGGCAACAAAAAAGCUGCAGUGAACGGAUACACUUGGCUCCCGACGUGCGCCUUCACAAGCCUGGAGAGGAGAAAAAAAAUAUCCUCUUAGAAUAAACUUCACUAAAAGGUGCUGGCUGCCGCCCUAUGUGAGACUGAGGAACCUUUCCUGCUUCAGUAGAUUACAGCAUGAGGACUGAUCCGAUACUCUGACCAAAGACUGCUGGACACAGACCGCUGAGGGGGAAGAAGACAGAAGGCUGUGGUGGUGGUGGUGGUGGGCAUGGAUAGAAGGAAAGUUUACGUAUUGAUGGCGCUGUGGGCCAUGGCUCACCUCAGCUCUCCAGGAUACGGACUCAGGGCCCUGCGAAGGACUACAGGGGGGCGGAGGGGGUCCGCAGGACUGACAGGACAGGACGCCAACGGUGUGCCGCUCAGGCGCUCCAAACGAGGUUGGAUGUGGAACCAGUUCUUUUUGCUGGAGGAGUACACCGGGUCGGACCUGCAGUAUGUCGGAAAGCACAGCUGGAAACUGCUGAGCAUUGAAAGUCUGGUCAGAUUCAUAGCUCUGCUUCACUCAGAUUCAGAUCGAGGUGAUGGAAGUGUGAGGUACGUCCUCACCGGGGAUGGAGCGGGGACCCUUUUUAGGAUAGACGAGAAGUCGGGGGAUAUCCACGCCACCAAGAGGCUGGACAGGGAGGAGAAGGCCUUCUACAUCCUCCACGCCAAAGCUGUCAACCGCUUCACUAACGAGGCGCUGGAGGGCGAGUCCGAGUUCAUCAUCAAGAUCCACGACAUCAACGACAAUGAGCCGAAGUUCACCAAGGACGUGUACAUGGCCAGAGUCCCUGAGAUGACCGACAUUGGCACCUCGGUAAUUCAGGUGACAGCCAUAGACGCAGACGAUGCCACAUACGGGAACAGCGCCAAGGUGGUGUACAGCAUCCUGGAGGGCCAGCCGUACUUCUCUGUGGACCCGGAAACUGGCCUGAUCAAGACAGCCCUGCCUGACAUGGACAGAGAACUCAGAGAGAACUACGAGGUGGUGAUCCAGGCUAAAGACAUGGCGGGACAGAUGGGCGGGCUUUCGGGAACCACGACGGUCAGCAUCACCCUCUCCGAUGUGAACGACAACGCUCCACGUUUCACCAAGACCUUCUACGAUUUCAGAGUACCCGAGAGCACCGAGCUGGGGUCUUCAGUGGGAGUGAUCCGAGCCACGGACGCCGACAUCGGAGAGAACGCGGAGAUGGACUACAGGAUUAUGGGGAGCGACGGGCCCGGCAUGUUUGAUAUCACCACCAAUAGGAGCACUCAGGAGGGCGUCAUUGUGCUGAGGAAGCCUCUGGACUAUGAGAGGAAGGAGCAGUACACUCUGCGGGUUCAGGUGGAAAACGUCCACAUCAACCCUCGCUUCUUCUCCAUGGGCCCCUUCAGGGACGAGGCCAACAUCAAGAUCUUCGUGGAGGACGUGGACGAGCCCCCGGCAUUUGAACGCGGCAGCUACGUCAUGGAGGUCAAAGAAGACGCAGCCAAGAACACCAUCAUCGGCUCCGUCAGCGCGUCCGAUCCCGACAUCAAACACAGUCCUGUCAGGUACGCUAUUGAUCGGCGCACAGACAUGGACAGAGUGUUCAACAUCCAUGCCGGUAACGGGUCAGUGUUCAUCCUCAGGCAGCUGGACAGAGAAGAGAACGCCUGGCACAAUAUCUCCGUCAUUGCCUCAGAGUACAACAACCCGCGACAUACCAGCAGUGUGCCGGUUUACAUCCGAGUCCUGGACGUCAACGACAACGCUCCAACAUUUGCCACCAAUUACGAGAUGUCUGUGUGUGAGAACGCUAAGGCUAAUCAGAGGAUACAAACCAUUAGUGCCACGGAUCCUGACGAGCCACUCGGAGGACAUCGGUUCUUCUUCAGUCUUGCGGAGGAGGCUGCUGGGAAGGCUAACUUCUCUGUUCGUGAUAACAAAGACAACACAGCCUGGAUCAUGACACGGAGGAACAGCUACAACAGCCUACAGAAGAGCAUCUACCACGUGCCUGUGGUCAUUUCUGACGGAGAGUACCCUAUGCAAAGCAGCACCAACACGCUGACCAUCAGAGUGUGCACCUGCGACCGCGAGGGCAACAUGAAGCUGUGCAACGCCGAGGCCCUGACGGCGAGGGCGGGACUCAGCACGGGAGCCCUGGUGGCCAUCUUGCUUUGUGUCAUCAUCCUGCUUAUGAUCGUGGUGCUGUUUGCUGCCCUGAGGAGGCAGAGGAAGAAGGAGCCUCUGAUCAUCUCCAAGGAGGAUGUUAGAGACAACGUUGUCAGCUACAACGAUGAAGGAGGCGGAGAGGAGGACACUCAGGCUUUUGAUAUCGGCACACUGCGCAACCCAGAGGCCAUCGAGGAGAGCAAGCAAAGAAGGGACAUCGUCCCCGAAACCUUCUACCCUCCGGUCCGACGGCCAGUGCUUCCUCCUACCCGGGACAAUAACGGGGACGUGAGGGACUUCAUCAACCAGAGGCUCCAGGACAACGACAGCGACCCAACGGCGCCGCCUUAUGACUCCCUGGCCACCUACGCCUACGAGGGCAACGGCUCGGUAGCGGAGUCCCUCAGCUCACUGGAGUCGGUGACCACCGAGGGCGACCAGGACUACAACUACCUGAGCGAGUGGGGACCCCGGUUUAAGAAACUGGCGGACAUGUACGGGGGCGACGACAGCGACAGGGAUUCCUAACGAGAGCCUGGCACACAGCAGACGGGGAUAGUUCGAGUUCGAGAAACACACAUUAUAAACUUUUUUGGGCGGUUCUGGUGCAUGUGUGGCGAAGAAAAAUGGCGAGAAAGGACAGAGAAACGGGCACUGUUUGUCCAAGUGCUCUUUCACCACGCCAUCGAUCACCAUUCAGUUGUCCCUCCGGUGACCAGACGUAGGCUUUGUGUGUCCAGUCAGUGUUAGUUGCGUUUUUCGCGAGGGCACAGUGAAAAGAAACUUUGUGUCAAGACUUUUUUUUUUUUUUUUUUUUGUGUGUGUGUGUGUGUAUGGGGUGUACAUGAGGCCCAAGUAUAUCUAUACCGAUAUCUUUUUUUUGUUUGUUUUUCCAAAGCUGCCUGUGAUGGACACGUUCAACAAGCAGUUUUGUAAACCAACAGAUAUGCCUAUGUAUUUUUCAGUGUUUCUGGGACAAAAACAUGCUGCAUAUUGUGAGUUCUAUCUUAGCUUGUGUACGUACGGUAAUAUGAUACAAUACGCUGUACAGUUGUUUUGUUUUUCUAGGGAUUUCUAUCAUCCAAAAAUGACCCCCCAACC